UAUGCGGAAGUCACAGCAGCAGCGUGUUCAGUUUGAAUGCUGCUUAAACGCUCAAACGCAUCUAAAAUUAGAAAGAUCAUUGGUGCAAUUUACUUUAUUGAUAUAUUCACCAUGACAUCGCCGAUGUCUUCAUAAACACAGAUGAAAGCUACAGAAAAGAGGAGCAAACAAGGCGCUGCGAUGCACAGAAACAACUGGAAGCUAAUAACCGAAACCUGGAUUUACAGUAAACAUUCUGUCAGAUAUGUUAAAGGACCCCUAAUCCAGAAAAGGCUCAUUAAAAUGUUAUUAAACAUACAUUUGAAUGACCAGUGUGUGUGUCGGGACCAUCCUGAAAUUAUACAAAUCCAUCCAUUCUGCUUUUUGUAAUCUCACAAACUACAGUAGCCACACUGAACAGCCUGUUGGCAAUCUCCUAGAAAAGUGAUGUCACACUGGUUACGCCCGGCCAGUGACCGCUCACAGACUCCGCCUUAUGAGCAUAAGAAACACCCCGACUUCCUCCAGAGACACGCUGUCUGCCAUUUCCAUGCCAAAACGAACAUCUGUAGCCAGUGACAAGAAUGCCUCCGAAACAACUCAGGUGUUCAGUUGUCGGAUGUAAAAACGAACAUAGAAGUCUUCAUUUACUCCCGACAUCUGAGCCGCAGAAGACGCAGUGGGUACGUUUUAUUUUUGAAGGAAACGAACCCCUCAAUUUACCAAAGUUUGUUUAUGUGUGUGCGAAUCAUUUUACCCCAGACUGCUUUUUAAACGCGGGUCAGUAUGGCAUGGGUUUCGCCAAAAAGUUGAUUCUCAAGAGUGGAUCAGUACCAGCUGUUCGCCAUCAAGCUUCAUCCCUGGAAGAUGCUGAAACAUGUAUCAGUCGCACGAGAGAAGUCGGCUGCCAGACAGAAUCUCCAAAGCUGCAUAGUGUUGGGACACAACUAUCAAGAAGGACGCUUCAAUCACACUACAGAAGUACAGGUGUCCAGACUACUGUGUCAAGUCAGACGCCAGGCACGUCGUCAUUCACACCUGCAGCUAUUGCAACUGUUAUGUCUCCAAAACCAUUUAAAACGCCAUCAAAAAGACCUCGAAUGGAGCUUGAGGAAGAUGAUGUUUUCAUUGCGGGCUGUUCUUCUGUAGUUGACCGGUCAGAUGUGACAUAUGAUCCUGCAGACACAUCUUUAACCGAGCCAAUAGACAUUUCGACUCAAGCAUCCAUUCCUGUCCAAAACAUACGCAAAUAUAUCGUGUAUGAGACUUGCAUCAUGGAACUCUUCGAGUCUUGUCCGGUAUGUCAGGGACGCUGUGAUGUGCGUUCACAAACACAUGGGACAUUUUUACGCGUAGACCAAGUCUGCCAACACUGCAACUUUUCACGCAAAUGGAACAGUCAGCCUAUUAUGGGCAGCACUCCAGCUGGCAACAUUCACCUCUCUUGUGCUGUGUAUCUGUGCGGGGCUUCCUACAUUACUGUUGAAAAGGUAUUUGCUGCUAUGCGUCUACAAGUGUUCAGGUACAACACCUUUCGCAGCCAUGCGAGAAUGUACAUUGAGCCUGCCAUUGUGUGCAAGUGGAAAAACUGGCAGGAUGGGAUGCUGAAUCAGAUGAGGCGAAUGGAAAAAGUCAAUCUUGGUGGGGAUAUGAGGGCCAACUCAUCAGAGCACACUGCCAAAUUUGGCAGUUACACCAUGAUGGAACUUCAGACAAACACCGUUGUUGAUAUACAGCUGAUCCAGGUAAAUACUAAGACAAAUAUACUUUUUAUAAAAGAGGUUCUGUUGGCUUUAGUUUUACAUGUAAUUUUACGCCAAAAUGUAAUGUAUCUUUUACAGAGUAACGAAGUGGGAGGAGGCUUUCACAUGGAAAAGGAAGGGUUAAAGAGAAGCCUUGAGUUGAUUGAAGCUCGAGGGGUUACUCUGGACAGCAUUGUAACUGACCGGCAUCCUCAAGUACAGAAGUUUCUCACCGAAAAAAAUGUAACUCAGUUCUAUGAUGUUUGGCACAUAGAGAAAGCUAUUUCAAAACACCUCGACAAAAUUGCUAAUCUAAAGGGGUGUGAGAAACUACGCAAGUGGUUGCCUAGUAUUAAAAAUCACAUUUACUGGACUGCUGCAUCAUCAACCACAGGACCUGAGAGAGUUGCGAAAUUGACAUCAAUCCUGAACCACGUCCAGGAUAAACACACACAUGAGGACCCACAUUUUCCUGCAUGUUUACAUGCAAAAGGGACGAGCAGAAACAAAAGCAAGUGGCUGGCUGCAGGUACUCCGCUAUUCUACAAGUUGGAAAAAGUUCUCUCUAACAAGAGAAUACUGAAGGAUGUAACAAAACUAUAUCCUCACUUCCAGACUUCUUCUGUAGGGUCGUUCCACAGCAUUAUCUCACGCUUUACACAAAAAAACGUGGACUUCUCAUUUACUGGAAUGUUGUGCAGUCUGUAUCUGGCUGCACUACAUUUCAAUGAGAACACCAGUCGACUACAAGCCACAAUAGCAGAAGGUCAGUCCCGGUUCAAAAGGACCUUACCGAAGGCAAAGAAAGGACAAAACCGGGUGUAUGAAGCGAAUACUGAACCAACAUUUUGUUAUGUGGAUGACCUGCUAGACCUCAUCUUUGAUGAAGUCUUUGUGCUCCCUGCGCCAUAUGUGGAGGAAGUCUUGAAGAUCCCCAUUCCACCACCACUGAGUGCAGAGGAUUUCCCCACCAGAAAGGUUUCGCUUUAUAAUCUAGAGGCGGUCUGAAACCUAUAUAGCUGCCCUGUGCAUCUGGAAAGUCCCGACGUGUCCUCAGGACCACACAGGCUAGGCUGGAAUGACACCAUGUAUUUGGUGUCCAAGGAAACCCCAGCACCAGCUCACAAAACUGCGAUAGGCCAAAAAAAGUAUUGGCAAAAAAGAAUAAGACCGUUCAUGGUGUAUUUGUGAGUGAGAUAUGGAGAUGUCUGCUGUUUUCAUUGAAUACGUUGAAGCAUGGACAAUUUUUCCAAACAUGUCAACUUUUAAAGUUUAUUUGUAAAUGAUCCUUUUCACUUUGUGAAAUUAAACACGUCACAUGAAUUGUAUUGUGAUUUCCUUGGUGGGUUUAUCAAUAAUAGGAGUUGAGUUUGUGUACUCUCAGUAUGUAUGCAUUUGUGUAAAUAAGUAAGAAAAGAUUUCAAUAAUAUCGAUUGAAAUUAGAACUGAAAAUUGUAUUAAUAUUCUGUGGCACUUACUGUUACAUACCACAUAACUGCGAGUAUAGUCCGCUCUGUAAAUGUUACAUGUGUUUUGUAAAGAGAAUGUGUUCAAACAAACAGGCACCAUUCCAGAUGAUACACCAUACAUGAGGGAGUCACUUCAAGCUGUCCCUGUUGAAAAAAAACAGCAUAUGCUGGGUUAAGUGUGUUUUGAUGCUGGUUUAAGAUGUUCAUAUGCUGGGGCACGUUCAAGAUUAAACAGAUGCACAACGUUUUUGUAUUGAAGUAUGUUUUUGCUCAUGUUUAUUUACAUUCAGGGCAAAAUAACUGGUAUUAAAGAGACAGUUCGCACAAUGUGACUCAUUUAUCAAUCUAACAUAGAAACGGGCGCAGGUACAUGCGCAGAAAUCGUUUUACGACAGGCUUUACUUGCGAUUCAUCAAACAUUCGUAUGCCGCUAAUCUCAUUGUACGAAUGAUCGUACCUUGAUAAAUGCGGCGGCUGAAAUCGUUCGUAAUUCGCAUAUUACGCCCCUACAAAUUCAGUAGGAACGAAAUCUGGCCAAACAGAGGAACUUUUCCGAUUAAGAAUAUAAAAUUUAACCUUGAAAAUCGGAUUCGAAGAAAAUAUAUAAAUAUGUUUUUUAAAUAUGAGCGCAAGUAUUUUAUUUUAUUGUGUUUCAUUAUUAUUUGUACACUGAAAGUAUUGUUGUUGCUUCAAAUUAAUUUGGUUUAAUGCAUUUAAAUUGAAACAAAAUUAAUUUGACUUCAGUCUUGAAAAACUUUGUUACAUUAAUGUGUUCAUUGCUUUUUACAAUGUAGACAUCAUUUACCGAUAAUUUUAGGGAGCUUAAUUAUAGAAUAAUGUUUUUAUGUAAAUGUUUUCAUACAGUUUUCUUCAUUAGGUGAA